UUAAUAGAACAUUAUAGAGAAUAAAUGUAGCUUUGUUUUUUAAAAUAUUAAAAAAUAUGGGUAUUAGUGGAUUACUAUCGUUUCUGGAGAAAUCUUCUAGAAAAACAAAUAUAAAUGAAUUCGCCGGUCAAUCUGUUGCUAUUGAUAGUUAUUGUUGGUUACACAAAGGUAUAUAUCCUUGCGCUGAUAAAUUAUUAUUAGGAGAACCAACAGAUGGGUAUAUAAUAUAUUGUAUGAAAUUUAUACGAAUACUUUUAAAAUAUAAUAUUAAACCUAUUCUUGUAUUCGAUGGACGACAUUUGCCAGCUAAAGCAGAAACCGAAGCCCAAAGGCACAAAAAGAGAGAUAUGAAACGUCAGCAAGCUGCACAAUUAAUACAAGCCGGACGAAAUGCAGAAGGCAGAAAUCUUUUAGUACAAUCAAUAGAUGUAACGCAUAAAAUAGCUUUAGAAUUAAUUAAAACGUGUCAAAGCUUUAAUAUUGAUUGCAUUGUAGCACCGUAUGAAGCUGAUUCACAAUUAGCAUAUCUUAACAUUAGUGGAAUAGCGGACGUUGUUAUCACAGAAGACAGCGAUUUAAUAUUGUUUGGCUGUAAAAAGGUGUUCUUUAAAAUGGAUCAGAAUGGUAAUGGUUUGCUUGUUGAACAAGACAAACUACAUCUUGCUAUGGGUGUAAAAUUAACAGACUUUAAUAUCGAUAAAUUUAUGUAUAUGUGCAUUUUAUCUGGAUGCGAUUAUUUAGCCUCACUUCGAGGUAUAGGAUUAAUUAAAGCAAAAAAAUUCAUUCAAAGUAUUAAUAAUGAGAACUGUGAUAUAUAUAAUGCUCUUACUAAUUUAGGAUAUUGUCUCAAAAUGAAAUAUUUAGACGUAUCAAAGGAAUAUAGAGACAAUUUCAUAAAAGCAUUCAUAACAUUCAAACAUCAAUUAGUAUUUUGUCCUUUACAAAGAAAACAAGUACGUUUAAAUCCUCCUACAGCUGAUGUUUCUGAAGAACAAUUACAUUAUGCUGGGGAUGAGAUAGACCCUGAUAAAGCAUUACAACUUGCUUAUGGUAAUUGUGAUCCGUUCACAUUUGAAAUGCUUCAUGACUUUGAUCCUGAUAUAAAAAAGAAAUUCAAUAAUCCAAAUCCAAAAAUGCUGAGUGUGAUACCAAAGCACAUAAGCAUCUGGUCGCCCAAUUAUAAACCAAGACAAAGUAUAGAAAACUUUUUAAAGAAAAAAGAAACAAUCAAUCAUGAGAAUUACUUGUGUAUAAAAGAACUUGAUGGUACGAAAAAAAAAUCUACUAAUACAAAAAAGAGAGAAUAUUAUCAUGUUGUAAACACUACAAACUAUCAAGAAUUAAAUGAAAAAGAUAUUUUAGAUGCAUACAAAUCUGAAGAAAAUAUUGAAACUGAAAAUCAAAUACAUUCUACAGAUGAAAAAUCACCUAAUGUGAAUGAACAGAAAUCUCCAAUAUUAACUAGAAAUCCAUUCAUUAAAAAAAUGUCUGUUAAUCAAAUUUCUCCUAGUUUACUAUUUAAACGUAGAAGCAGGACAAAAUUUGGUCGCUUAAUGCAAUUUCAAAAAACAGUUAUCGAUGAAAAUAUAGUUACAGAAAGUAAAUUUUUUAAGAGUAAGAGCGAAGAUAUGAAUAAAAGUAAUGCAAAUAAUAACGACGAUAAUAUUAAUUCGGAAAAUGAUGAACUAUGUAUAAAUCAUACUCCCAAAAAGAUGAAAAUGGACAUACAAGAAGAACAAAAUAAUCUAAAAUAUUCAAUAGAAUUUAAUAAUCCAAAUAAUACACAUUCCAUUGAUGCUAACCAAUCAAAUACAAGUACAUUAGUUAACAAAAAUGAGAGUACGAUUCUUGAAAGAAAUAUUUUAGAAGAAACAAUUACUAACCAAGGUAUCUGUUCUUCGAAUCACGCAAACGAAUCAAGAAGUUUAAUUACUUCGAAUGAAGUAGAAAAAAUAGAUUUAAGUAUUAACGACAAUAUAAAUAACUAUAAUUGUAAUACACCGCAAUCAUGCAGUCCUAGUUCAGAAUCUGAUUAUUCGGUUAGCCAAAAUAGUAUAGAAGAUAAUAAGAAUACUUUAUUUAAAUUUUCUAAUAUUAAAUUAAAUACAUCGAUUGACGAUCACUCAGACAAAACCAUUAAAAAGCCACUAACAAGUUCUCAAACGAAAAUCAAUAAAAAAGCGGCACCCAAACAAAUCCAUAGAAGUAAGCGAAUAUCUUCUGAGCGUGGACAAUUAAAGUUAUUAAAUAUGUUCGGAUUUAAAAAAAAAGAGUCAUUGAAGUUAGAAUGAAAUCAAUUAAAUCUGGACAAUAUGCAUAUGUUGAACGAAUGUAUUUUUAAAAAUAUUUUUGUUA